CGUUUAUUUGGAGUGUUCACUUUACAGUUUCAGAUGUUCAGUCCAUUAACAUCGCAGUGGGAAGCAUGGCAACAUUCAGUCAGAUGGUGCUAGAGCUAAUAGAGCUACCUACAUACUGCAGGCAACAGGAAGUCAACUGAGACUCUGGAUGGCAUCCUGAGCAUAGGAAAUCUCAAAGUCCAAUGAGACACUUCGUCCAACAAAGCCAUAUCUCCUGAUAGUGCUACUCUCUAUGAGAUUACUGGGGCCAGUUACAUUCAAACUGCCACACUUUAUGUUGGCCAAUAUGAUUUGGAACUUUUAGGCCCAAGUGUUUUGUCUGCCUCAGUCUCUGAGAAGCUGGGACGUAGGCAUGUCUUUGGAUAGUGUAGUCCAUCAUAGGCCAGAAGGACAGCCAUAGACUCUGCACUCUGACUAGAGCUACAUUUUGGGUAUUAUGGCCAAACCUGUGGAGUGGAGUCUCCUCACUAUUGGUGUGUGAAGUAUAAUUGGGACAGCCUGAAAGCUGAAGGCAGAAUCACUAUGAGGUCACAGAGAGUCCAGAGCUUUGGCAGUUCUCCAAGGGCAGGAACCAUAAUGUGCCUGUGUGCUGGGAGCGGCUCCAAACAUCUGAUGGACUGUAGCCCUCCAGCAGUUGCAGAUAAAGAGGACUCCACAGAUGUUGGUGAGGAGGAUAGUUUCCUUGGCCAGACUUCUGCUCACACCUCCACCCCACAGACAUUCAGUUACUUCUCUCAGGUGUCAAGCAGUAGUGACCCUUUUGGGAAUAUUGGACAGUCGCCCUCCACAACUGCAUCGGCUGGACAGUCAGCAUUUUCCAAGCCCCCAACCACACUCCCUUUUACAGCUGGAUCCCAAGAUGUGUCGAAUACAUUUCCCCCGUCUGUUUCCAAGGCUCAUUAUGGUGCUGCACCUGCCUCACAGAUGGGAAUAAAUACCUAUUUGCCUUCUCAGCCCAGUAGUCUCCCUCCAAAUUUUGGGAGCCCCCCUCAAGGGAUUCCUCAACAAGGACAUAACCCAUAUCGCCACACUCCUGUCAGCAGCAGGGUGAAUCCCUACCUUACACCCCCACAACUGCAGCAAAGCCAGACGCCAGGCCACCCCUCCUACCCUCCGCCUCCUGGACCCCCUGUGCAGACGUACCAAAUGCCGCCAGGACCGAUGCCACCGCUUCCUCCGUCAGUGCAGUCACCAGCACAGCAGCAGAUCCCUGGCAGACCUGCAGGACCCCCUGCAUCAGUACAGGGGCCUUCUCCUUUUGUACUUCCGAACCAGUAUGAACCUGUUCAGCCUCACUGGUUUUACUGCAAGGAGGUGGAACAUAAACAGCUGUGGAUGCCUUUCAGUGUGCUUGACUCUUUGAAUCUUGAAGAGAUCUAUAAUUCUGUGCAGCCAGAUCCUGAAAGCGUGGUUCUAGGCACGGAUGGAGGACGCUAUGAUGUCUACCUCUAUGACCGCAUGAGGAAGUCUGUGUAUUGGGAAGAGGAGCCAGCUGAAGUGAGACGCUGUACUUGGUUUUACAAGGGGGACACAGAUAGCAGAUUUAUUCCCUAUACAGAGGAGUUCAGUGAAAAGCUGGAGGCUGAGUAUAAAAAAGCUGUAACGACGAAUCAGUGGCACCGCAGAUUAGAGUUUCCAAGUGGAGAGACCAUCGUUAUGCACAACCCAAAGGUUAUUGUCCAGUUCCAACCUUCGUCAGUGCCAGAUGAGUGGGGGACAACACAAGAUGGACAGACAAGGCCCAGAGUUGUGAAGCGUGGAAUUGACGAUAACCUUGAUGAGAUUCCUGAUGGAGAAAUGCCUCAAGUUGAUCACUUGGUGUUCAUGGUGCAUGGCAUUGGACCUGUGUGUGACCUGCGCUUUAGAAGCAUAAUUGAGUGUGUGGAUGAUUUUAGGGUGGUUUCUCUCAAGUUGUUGCAGACACACUUCAAGAAGUCUAUAGACGAUGGGAAAGUCAGCCGAGUGGAGUUCCUUCCAGUUCACUGGCAUAGUGCCCUCGGUGGGCAUGCCACGGGUGUGGACAGGAAUAUCAAGAAAAUCACUUUGCCAAGUAUUGGUCGGUUUCGGCACUUUACUAAUGAAACUCUGCUAGACAUUUUGUUUUACAACAGCCCCACCUACUGUCAGUCAAUUGUGGAGAAAGUGGGAGUGGAGAUAAACCGGCUAUACUCGCUCUUUUUGAGUCGGAACCCAAACUUCAAAGGAAAGGUCUCCGUUGCUGGUCACAGUUUAGGUUCAUUGAUUCUGUUUGACAUCUUGUCUAAUCAAAAAGAUGUGAAUGUCUCUAAGUCUUCAGGGUCCAUGGCUGUUUCCAAUGGAGUUAUGAAACAGGAACAGCAGAUACCUGAAGAGUCUAAGUUGAUGUCAGAUGAAUCAUGUGACCUUGAUGUUGAAAAUGAAGAACCCCUAACUCUGCAUGGAACCUUGGAAGCUCUCAGCCUCUUUGAUUACAUUAGCACUUUUGAAAAGGAGAAGAUGGACAUGGAAUCCCUGCUUAUGUGUACAGUUGAUGACCUGAAGGAGAUGGGGAUACCCCUUGGGCCCAGGAAGAAGAUAGCCAAUUUCGUAAAACUUAAAGCAGCCAAACUGGAACAGAAAAAAGCCUCAGAAAAGAAGGCAGUGAUGGCUGCUGUGGCAAAAGGACAAGAUGAGAGUGCUCUGAAAACUAAGGAAAUGGCUGCUGCUUCUGAAUCCAGCGAGUCAAGGAGGAAGCUGUCAGUGGGGGCCUGUGUGUCGUCGGCUCGAGUUGAUUAUGAGUCUUUUGAAGUUGGCACAGGACAGGUUUCUGUCACUUACACCUCUUUAGACUUUGAACCAGAGAUCUUCUUUGCCUUGGGCUCGCCAGUUGGCAUGUUUCUCACUAUCCGAGGUGUGGACAGGAUUGAUGAGAACUACCGUCUCCCUACCUGCAAAGGCUUCUUCAAUAUCUACCAUCCGCUUGACCCAGUGGCGUACAGACUAGAGCCUAUGGUCGCUCCAGACUUGAAAUUGAAAGCUGUUCUCAUCCCACAUCACAAAGGCAGAAAGAGACUUCACUUAGAGUUGAAAGAAAGCCUUUCUCGAAUGGGAUCUGAUUUGAAGCAGGGCUUUAUCAGCUCUCUGAAAAGUGCUUGGCAGACACUCAACGAAUUUGCACGUGCUCACACCUCUUCAACUCAAUUACAAGAAGAAUUGGAAAAGGUGGUCAAUCAAUUCAAAGAGGAAGAAGAAAAGCAAGUAGUUGAAGCUGAAAAGAUUGAAAGUCCAGAACUUUCCAAGGAUGAGGACUACUUAGGAAAGGUUGGAAUGUUAAAUGGAGGCCGCCGGAUUGAUUAUGUUCUUCAAGAAAAGCCAAUAGAGAGUUUUAAUGAGUAUCUCUUUGCUCUUCAGAGUCACUUAUGCUAUUGGGAAUCUGAAGAUACCGCCCUCUUGUUACUUAAAGAAAUCUAUCGAACAAUGGACAUUAGUCCAGAGCAGCCCCAGCAUUGAGCAGACUUGCAUUUUACUAGGAAGUUCCAGCAUGAGUGCCGUUGCCUAGAAGCUCUGUGGUGGCCGAUCCCCCCUUUGCUCCUAUGAUGGUGACAGAAAAGUGACCAGCAGCAGUUUCUAACAUAGGCUUCUCAGAUGUAGGAAUUCAUUUUAAAAGGCACAGGACAGAAAGACACUGAAAAAAAAAAUCAGUACCACAUGGAUAGUAUAGAAGAAAAACUGUGAUCAUAAAAUGAUGCUGUGUAAAUUCUCAGAUCUGUUUAGCUGUGUAGUUAUCAAAAUUAAGUAUGUCCUAAUGAAGAGAGAUUUGUAGCAUGCACACUGUUAUUUCUAUUUCUUGAAACUAUUGUCAAUGGAAUAUUAAACCUAGAUUUUUCUUUGUAUUAAUGCAAUAUUUUUAUUUAAAUAUGGACUUCUUGAGAAACUAUAGUAACAUGAUUUUUAAGAAACUUAUGCUAGUCUCUGGGCAUGGUGGCGCAUGCCUUUAUUCCCAGCACUUGAGAGGCAGAGGCAGAUCUCUGUGGUCUACAUAGCAAGUCCCAGGACAGCCAGGACUACGUAGAGAGACCCUUCACAACAAGAAAGAAAGAGAAAAGAAAAGAAACUUAUGCUGUUCUUUAUUGAGCUGCCCUGAUGCAGAAUUGUUCCUCCUUGUCACAAGGCAGUAGCCAAGGUCUCUUCUGCCCAAACUGACCUGAGUGUGUGUGAAGCUGAACACCACCACUGAAAGCCUAGUUGCUGGAGUGAAGCACUUGUGAUGAUCUGACCUCUCCUGACCUGUCCAUAUCCCCUGGGAGAUGAGCAAGUGACAGGCCUUCAUUGUGACUGAGAUAUCUGUGCCAGCACUCAUGGCUGAGGUUCCAGUUAAUUGAGAACCAGAGUGGAAGGUUUUGUUCUUUGGUUUAUUUUUACUUGUACCAAAGGGUUUGAACAGUGGAUUUACUUCUGGGAUGUAGAGCUGCUUGGUGAAGACUGCUCUGUAACAUCACUUUGUUUACUAUAAACUCUUUACCUAAAUAUUUCCUUACAGACACUGGGAAUGCUGAUUUCCUUCUUUUGUUACAUAGCAGAAACAUUUUAUGUCGUUUACAUAGUUCUCAUGGAACAUGGAAGUUUUUGAAAACAACAUAUAAUACACAUUUUUGUGUAUGUAUUCUAAUUGGUGUGAAUAAAACAGUAACAUCGAUGCUCUUUUCAAGCUGCAAAUUGUUGUUUCUCACCCUUCUUAAAGGGUUCCCUUGUCAACCUGCAGCCUCUGUGUGGUUAAUUUAUAACUUGAUGGGAUUAGAAUGGGAGGGUCUAGAGCAGUGGUUCUCAACCCCUAUGGGGUCCAAUGAAGGGAUCACAUCAGAUAAUCAUAUCAGAUAUUUAUGUUACAAUACAUAACAGUAACAAAAUUACAGUUAUGAAGUAGCAAUGAAAAUAAUUUCUGGUUGGGGUCACCACAGCAUGAGGAGCUGUAUUAAAGGGUGGCAGCAUUAGGAAGGGUGAGAACCACUGCUCUAGAGCUUGCUUUGACCCCAGGUUUCCGGUCGCUUCAUCAUCUGUCUGAGGACACACUGUUCCCACUGGGGAGGCACAUAGCCAAGUUGGGUUCUCUUGAUUCCCUUUGCCCUUCGCUUCCCUCCAAGACAAUCACCGUUCACUUAGUUUUCAUAUGACUUCUAAUACUGUCAGAGGAAGGGAAAAUAGAGCUUCCUUAUGUGUAUUUUAAUAAACUCUAUUUAGCUUUUUCAACUUGUAA